AUGAGUGAGCUUGUGAAUCUGAGCGAGGAGCAGAUAACAACCGACCCAAUUAAGAAAGAAAAGUUCUUCAAGUCCAUGAUCAAAGCCUUUAAACGUCAUGCUAUGAUCAGCGCUUCAAUCGAGUGUGAAGAGAACCAGGAGAUGGAAGCUAAGUUGGAAAGUGGUCUGAUUGUUGGUCACGCUUACGGAGUGUCUCGUGUCUACGAGUUGGAGGUUCCCGGUCAUGGUUUGGCUCGUUUGAUAAAGCUAAGGAAUCCUUGGGGACAAAAGGAAUGGCAAGGAGACUGGAGGGACGACGACCCAAAGUGGGGCCAACUCACAGAAGACCAGAGGAAAGAACUCGACCUAACAAUUGAAAAUGACGGUGAAUUCUGGAUGAGUUUCGACGAUUACCUGAGCAUUUUCACUCACACCACAGUGUGCAGAGUUGUGAACCUCUGUAAAUCUGACGAGUUUUGGGUUUUGGAGGAGAGAAAGGGGAUGUGGCAGAAGGACGUUAGUGACGGUGGAUGUGUAAACUUCAAGGAUACCUUCCUAUCGAAGAACCACCACUAUCAGUUUGAGAUCCUAGAAGCAGACGACGAAACUGUACAAGUGAUGUUGUGCCAGAAAGAUGUUCGUAUUGAUGACACCACCAAUAUUACCAUUGGUUUUUCCAUCUUCAAGGUGGCUGAUAACAACAAGUACAGGAUGACGAGGUUCACCAAACACAUCGCCAGUACCAAAUACCUCAACACUCGACAGGUGUUCAAGCGACUGGAACUGGAAGUAGGAACUUACGUGAUUGUACCAACAACCUUCAAACCCAACACUGAAGGACACUUUCUUCUCCGUCUCUUCAGUGAGGACGAAGCAAACCUCAAGUUGCUGGAGAAAGAGCCGAGCAGCAGUGCGCUAGGUACAGCUGACGUGGAAGUGGUAAAGUGUGACGGACUCAACCUUCCUGACGACAAUAUCGGAGUUUACGUUGCUCUGGUUUGUGAGAACAGAAUGGCCAAGACCCCCUUAAAGCAAGGAAAUAACCCCGAGUUCAACUGCAAAGCUGCCUUCCAUAUUAAGGCACCUGAGAAAGCUACUGUAGUCGCCCAGGUGUAUGCGAAAUACCCCGAGGGAACGAAGGAUGUGUUGUUAGGACGCUCCCUAAACUUGCCCUUAAAAGAGGGAGGCAAAAUGUACACCUCCCAACUGGGUACAGGUGAUAAAUCAAAGGCUGGUACGGGUCAACAAGUUCCUGGAACUGUUAAAGUGAUCAUCCGGUAUAGGACGACUAAGUGAGUGUAAUUCCCCCGGACUUUCGCUGCGCGCCACGUGAUCACGUGAUUUUACACCAUGUGACGUUAUCAUGACGCUAUCAUGACGUCAUGUUAACUGUGACGUCACGUGAGUUGUAACGCCACGUGUGAUGUGAGUUGUGUUCGCGCGUGCUUGGCUUUAAAAGUUAUUGAUCUGUUUACGACCCUUAUAACAACUGUUAAGAUUUUGUACAUAGCCGGUAUCCUUUACGACUAAUCAUUAUUAUAUUUUCAAUUCAAGUUAAGCUAUAUGUUACAAGCGAGCAAAUCUAAUUUUGACGUGGUUAAGAAGGUUUGAGGCCCUUUCUGGUAGGGAUCAAUUUCUUUGUUUAAAUCUACAAUUAACCUGCCUAUUGCUCUGAUUAUAUUUAUGAUAUGGUCUAGAUUUUAGUGAUAACCCCUCAAAGUAUAAUGAUUAUAUUUUCUUUUAACUUUUAGUUACAAUUUACACUGCGAAGAGCUAAUAUUGCUGUACGAUAAAAUUUCACCGAAGCUUUGGAUAGAGAACAGCCUCCCUUUUGCUAGUAUAAUAGUAGAGGGUGCGCAAAUUUAUUGAACAAAUUUACAAUUUAGUUAUAACUAACUUCUUAUUAUUUACACGGUAUAAUGUAUAUGAUUAAAUGGUAUUUUAAAUCAAACGCGUUGUUUUCUAUCGGAUUUAUAUCGAAUAUUGUUGUUUUAUGGAUAUGUAUGUAAACUAAUUAACUAUCAGUAUUAUAUUAUAAUUAUGGUUAUUUUGGUACAAGUUGUGAAUUUAAAUAGGUUAAAGUAUCGGGCUAGCUUCUAACAUGCUCCUAUUCCUAAUUAUAAUCGUAACUUUUUUCACCGUUAUUUUAUCGAUAUUAUAUUAUUCAACUCAUCCGCAUAUGAAUAGUACACAAUAUUUAGUGUUUAAAACGUGGAACUUGAUUCAAAAACGAGUUUCAGGAGUAUUCAUUUUUUGAGAAACUUGUUUUGGUUGAGUAAAUUGAUACGUAUUUUGAACAUUUUCAAACUUGAAGUAACAAAUACGAUUAUUAAUAAAAUGAGGAGUUUAUUUAUUUCAUAA